GCACGCAGCCACUGGCAAGUCUGAUAAAGUUCUGUGGCCAUGAAGAGCAUUUCAAAAAUAGCAGGAGAGCCGGAGAGGGUCUUGGACUUCACAACACCUGAAUGGUUUUGAAUUGUGAUUUUUGUUCAAGAAGCGGACAUCGGAACUAAUCAAUCAUUGCCCAAAACGCUAAAGGGAUUUUGUCUAGUGUGAUAUAGAGAUGGCUACAACAACGUCGGAACCGGUCAACCUUUCAACAACCAUAUCUUUUCAGGGUUAUGGAAACAAGACGACAAACAAUCGUUUUGAACAGCCGGAUUGGCAAGUGGCAUUGUGGGCAAUUGCUUAUUCACUGAUAGUGAUUGUGUCCGUCACAGGAAAUGUCACUGUAAUUUGGAUAAUUUUGGCCCACAAAAGAAUGAGGACAGUGACUAACUAUUUUAUAGUAAAUCUUGCAUUCUCGGACUUGUCAAUGGCGACUUUCAACACUGUCUUCAAUUUUGUUUAUGCUACACACAGCAACUGGUACUUCGGGUUGGGAUACUGUAGGUUUCAGAACUUCUAUCCCAUCACAGCAAUGUGCUCAAGCGUUUAUUCUAUGGCAGCUAUUGCGGUUGACCGAUACAUGGCCAUAAUCUACCCUUUGAAACUAAGGCUAUCCUCCACGUCUACCAAGAUUGUGAUUGGUGUCAUCUGGGCGGUGGCAUUCUCCCUGGCAUUCCCCCAGUGUUACUACUCUGUCACCGAGUACUAUCCACCACGGACUCUCUGUUUCGUCAACUGGCCUGAUGACUAUGGUGGGAAACACCAUCUCACAUACCAGAUAGCUUUGAUCAUACUGAUCUACCUGCUCCCCCUGCUGGUGAUGUUGGUCACCUACAGCCUUAUUGGCCAGACACUGUGGGGCAGUGAGAUACCGGGGGAGGCCUCAGACCACUUCCAGAACCAGAUCCAGGCCAAACACAAGGUGGUGAAGAUGAUGAUAGUGGUGGUGACGACCUUUGCCCUGUGCUGGCUGCCCUACCACAUCUACUUCAUCCUGGGCAGCUUCAACAUUGAGAUCUACAUGCAGACGUACAUCCAGCAGAUCUACCUGGCCAUCUUCUGGCUGGCCAUGAGUUCCACCAUGUACAACCCCAUCAUCUACUGCUGCCUCAACCAAAGGUUUCGCUCGGGGUUCCGUCACGCUUUCAGCUGGGUCCCUUUCAUCAAGGUGUCGGAGGAGGACAAGAUGGAGCUACAGCACACACGGACCUUCAGGAUGACCCGCAGCUAUCGCCCUGACAACACCAACAGCACUGUGGUCCACCACAACUCCACCUAACAAGAUGACCACACCUCAGUCAAGCUCAUGAAAAUCUGAGGACAUGAGGACAUGCUAAAGCUCAUGAGCUCAGCUGCUAGGAGAAGUGAAACAAAUCAUGUUAUUAUUGUGUACAGUCCAUCAGUCAGUCGCACCAAACACCUUUAUCGUCACACACACACCAGAUAGGUGCUGUGAAAUGUGUUAUUUUACAGGGUCAGACAUAGAAGUACGGCCCCCCUGGAGCAAAUUGAGGAUAAGUGCCUUGCUCAAGGGUAGGUUUCAUUUACUGGCCCAACACUCUAACCACUAGGCUACCUGCUGCCCCAAUGGGAAGGAAGAAUAGGAAAGGGAACUCCCAUGGUAUAAGCACCGAGCCUUAUCUGUUGCAGUAUUAAGGUAGUGUUAUUAUUUGUGUUGUUUUAGUGUAAUAUUGGUUUAUGUUGUGUGUCACCUGACUUUGUAGACCAUAUUGUGAAAUGUGCAAGUGAACCUAGGUUAUUAUUCCAAUAACAGUACAGGCAGACAAUGAGCAGUGAGCACUUGCAGAGCAACAGAGGACAAGCAACACGUAGCAGACAGACAGAGCAACAUAGGACAAGCAACACGUAGCAGACAGACAGAGCAACAUAGGACAAGAAACACGUAGCAGACAGACAGAGCAACA